AUGGCAGCCACCACGGGCUCAGGAAUAAAAGUCCCUCGCAAUUUCCAAUUGUUGGAAGAACUCGAAGAAGGCCAGAAAGGAGUAGGAGAUGGCACAGUUAGCUGGGGUCUAGAAGAUGAUGAGGACAUGACACUUACAAGAUGGACAAGGAUAAUUGGGCCUCCAAGAACAAUUUAUGAAAACCGAAUAUACAGCCUUAAAGUAGAAUGUGGACCUAAAUACCCAGAAGCUCCCCCCUUUGUAAGAUUUGUAACAAAAAUUAAUACGAAUGGAGUUAAUAGUUCUAAUGGAGUGGUGGACCCAAGAGCCAUAUCAGUGUUAGCAAAAUGGCAGAAUUCAUAUAGCAUCAAAGUUGUCCUGCAAAAGCUUCGGUGCCUAAUGAUAUCUAAAGAAAAUAUGAAACUUCCUCAGCCACCUGAAGGACAGUGUUAUAGCAGUUAA